CAGCCCAGCCCAGCCCAGCCCAGCCCAGCCCAGGCACAUACGAGCGGCCAACCCAUAACCGGCUGUCGGGGGGGAGCAAAAGACAGGGCAUACCGUGGGGCAUGUGCCUUUUCCUGGCCCCCCUGCUUAAACCCGCGCGCCGGCCCAUAUCACUGCUGGUCUAGUACGUCCCGCAUGACAGACAAGCCGUUUAUUCGCAUCCUGGGCGAACCCCCCUCCCCUUGCCGGUGGCGUACCUUAUUUUUUGCGAGGGCUUGAGGCGGGAGGAGGAGGAGCAGGAAGAGCAGGAGAAGCUGAGAAACCUUGACUUUCCUAACUGUACCUUGUUCUUAUCACGUUAAACCUGGCAACCUGGUCCCCCCCAACGAUCGGUAGCUCGGGAGAGAGCACGCAAUCAAAAAGCGGGCGAGUAUGUGCAUAUGCAAGGACGGCAGUCUGGUCUGUUCCGCGCCCCGAAAGCGGCGCGCGUCGGCCGGGCAUGGAAAGGGUACCUUGCUGCCCGGACGUGGUAUCCCGUUUCCGGGAGAUCUUCCUGGAGGGGGGGUGCGAGAGGGGACCGGGGUCGUCGGACGUCGUGGGUGGUCGUUGUCGUUGCUGUUAUUGUUGACGUGCGCUGUAUGCUGUAUGCGUUGUGGUUUGUGCUUGUUGCGUCUGCACGGAUUGCGCCGCCGCCCUUGCCCCGUCGUUACGGACCGUUUCUGGGGAAGUGGUCUCUGCCAGGACGUGGAGGAGGGCCCUGGAAACGCUUCGGUGAGGCGGAUGGGAAUGUCAUAGGGGUAAGGGAGGGGGUGUGGUUUCAACGGAGAAAUAGGAAGGAAGGAAGAAAAAAGGGCGGCGAUGCGUAUGUGCUACUCCAAGGAAGCCCGCGCCUUGAACAACCUUGACAUAGCAUCAGGACAUGUGACGAUGCCGACGGAACACGACUCUCUUCCCCCGCCCUUGCGUCUCUGCCGAUUUCACUAGAUCUGAUGCCGAACAAGAGGCAAACAUCCCAAUCAAGCCGAUUCUGUUCUGCAUCGGGUCACCCGCGUCCUUUGUCUGCCAAGCCACGUCAGGCAGGUCAGCUAGUCCUCUCCCCCACAUCUGCUUGCGUGUCUUGGUCUGCAGGCUUGGGCCCUCCCUCCCAGCCCAAGAUGUCCAUGGAUGCAAGUCAGAAUGAUCUGCCUGUAGUGCACGCGGCUUGCUUCAGGCCUCUACCGGUAGUUCUGGCUGGGGCCAUGGGCUCUCGUGGGGAGCUUCUGUAUAGAGGCACGCCACCGCUAUUAUCCCUUCCUUGUUGUGGUAUAAGUG